AUUGUUAAUUGUUAGCAACUCCUCUUUCUUUGAAUACCGGAUUUAAAUUAUCAUUAAAACGGCUUCAAUUAAUUAUCUGACUUUUAAACAGAUCAACAGGUUAUUUAAAACGUUGUUGUUUAAAAGUGAAUAUAAUUUAACUCGAUCAAGUUCAACAUUAACCUCAAAGAUGAAGGCAUUGAUUAUUGGUUCCUAUGAAGGAUCUUGCUCAAAUUCUGGCGACUUGCCAAAGUCUCUUGUGUUAACCAAAAAUGCUCAAUCUCUUGAUUUUAUCAGAGAGAUUACCAAGCAAAUUGAAUUGGUUGGACCGGUGAAAAAAGGUAAAAGUCGUUUAUUUAAUGGCCUAUCUCAGGAAUAUCCGGUUGUCUCUUUGGUGAAUCUUGGUCCAGAAGAUUCAGCUUUCAAUCCGAUUGAACAUAUUGACGAGAAGAAAGAAAAUGUUAGACUUGCUGUUGCUGAUGGAAUUCGAUCGAUUCGAAGUUUAGACGCUGAUGGAAUUACUCAUGUUGUCGUCGAUGAUUGUGAUGAUGCUCAAUCAGCAGCCGAAGGUGUUUUCCUUACUGAUUGGAGAUUCGAUGAACUCAAAGAGGUAAAAUCCCGACGAAAGCCUCUUGCUUUUUCACUAUUAAACCCUAACAGUGAAAAGGAAUCCGCUUGGUUGAGAGGCCAAUUAUUGGCUAAAGGUCAAAAUAUGGCUCGUAGAUACGCUGAUAUGCCAGCUAACUUGAUGACACCAACCAUUUUUGCCAAUGAAGUGACUCAAGCAGCCAAUGGAACCGGUAUUAAUGUUAUUGUUCGUGAUGAAAAAUGGGCUCAAGAAAUGAAAAUGGGCUCAUUUUUAAGUGUCGCUCAAGGUUCAUCUCAACCACCAAAAUUUAUUGAAUUUCAUUACAACAAUGCACCAGGUACCAAACCAGUUGUCUUUAUCGGUAAAGGUAUAACCUUUGACUCUGGCGGUGUCUCAAUCAAACCCUCAGCUGACAUGGAUCAAAUGAGAGCCGAUAUGACCGGUGCAUCCAUCGUUGCUUCAACCAUCUCCACCUUAGCCGCUCUUAAAGCUAAAGUUAACAUAAUUGGGCUUACACCUUGCACCGAGAAUAUGGUUAAUGGUAAAGCAACCAAACCGGGUGAUGUUCACCGAGCCAUGAACGGUAAAACAAUUCAAAUCGACAACACCGAUGCUGAAGGUCGUCUUGUCCUUGCCGAUGCUCUUGUAUACGCUGAAACCUUCAACCCUCAAGCAGUGGUUGACAUUGCAACUCUUACCGGUGCAAUGAAGAUCAGUUUUGGCGACGCUUGUUCCGGUGUUUGGUCAAGAAGCGAUCAACUUUGGGAUUUAAUUUACAAGGAAAGUGUUAAUUCUGGUGAUAGGGUUUGGCGAAUGCCCCUCUACAAAUCUUAUGUUAAACAAAUGACCGAUUGUCAUCUUGCUGAUAUUAAUAAUCUGAACAAAUCUCGAGUCGCUGGUUCCUGUACAGCCGCUGGUUUCCUUUCAGAAUUUACUAAUUCACCCAAUUGGAUGCACAUCGAUAUCGCCGGUGUGAUGUGGCAAGGAGCCGAUAAGGGUUAUUACUCCGCUGGAAUGACAGCUCGACCCUUGCGAACCAUUGUACCUUUCAUUGAAUCAAUUUUCCAAAACAAACUUUGAUGAAAAAAGAACAAAAAAAUCAAACGAACAAUUGAAACAAUUACUUAAUCAAUGAAUCAAAUUUUCUAAUCAAGAAUUUAGAUGAAGAGAAAACAAUUUACUCUUCUUUUUCUUAACAAUAAUCUCUUUCUCAUUCUCACUCAAUAAUUUGGUUAAUUGGUUAAUUAAUCAAUAUAAUAUCUUGCUCUAGAUUUAUUACAAUUGAUCAAAUUUUCCUUUUAAUUACUAACUACUCUCUCUCUCUCUCUCUCUUUUUAAUAUGGAAUAAAGUUGAUCGUUGAAAAAACAUACGAUUCUUUUAAUUGUAA